AUGAGCAUACAAGUAGAUGUCAGCUCACCAUUAGACAUACAGAAAAUUUCAGAGGUUCAAGCCUUACUACCAUCUUAUCAAAUUGUGGUUAUUGAUCAAAAGACACAAUUGAAACUGUAUUCCGGUGCUGAUGUUGAACAUAAAAUUAUUUUAGAAUACAGCGAACCACCACACUUCAACCUCAUAACAUCAAUAACUGGGUACAUGGACUGUGACUAUUUUUGUUUCAAUUGUUGGGCUAAAACCAGCAAAGAUACACAUUAUUGUAAAGGAUCAUGUAAAAAAUGUCGUUCAGUCAAGGCAUGCGUAUUCAUCCAAAGAAUUACUUGCAGUGACUGUAAUGUUGAUUUGAAUUCUCAACACUGCUUUGAUCAACAUAAGAAGAAUGGUGUUUGUGGGCGCAUUAGAAAAUGUCUUACGUGUUGGGUACAAUAUGACACAACAGCAGGCGAUCAUGUUUGCGAUGUUUAUACUUGCAAUUUAUGUGAUGUAGGAUACCGUGCAAGUCCACACUACUGUCAUAUCAAACCUGGAAACCUCGAACAUCUCAUCGAUGAUGACGUUAAACCAUGGAUAUUAAUUUGUUAUGACAUAGAGUCAAUGCAGAUCACCCAGACAGACAAUACAAAUGUCUUGACACAUCAGCCGAAUUUGUUGAUAAGCAGGACAAUGUGCACAACAUGUACUGAUGAAAAAACUUUAGUAAGAAACCUACGAGACUGUGAAAUGUGUGGUGAUGAAGAACACGUAUGGUAUGGAACAGACUGUGUCGAAGAAUUUUGUAAUUAUCUCUAUGAUAAGAUGCUUCCUCGAACUGCAGCUGAAGAUGACUCAAGAACCGCCAUCCAGAUAAAGGUUAUUGCACACAAUCAAAGAGGUUAUGAUGGUCAUUUCAUCAUGCAAGACUUUUUUAAAAGGAAAUUUUUACUAGUCCCAAAUGUCAUCAUGUCUGGGUCAAAAAUUCUUUACUCACAGAUGGAGAAUAUAAAGUUCAUUGACUCUUUGAGUUUGUUUAUGCAGCCUCUUUCAUCCCUCUGCAAAUCCUUUAACAUCAAAGAAAUGAAGAAGGGGUAUUUUCCACACAAGUUCAACACACCAGAAAAUCAGCAUUAUGUUGGAGUGUUUCCAGCUAUCGAUUUUUAUGACCCACUCUCACUCAAACCGGCACAGAAGGCUGAGCUUGAAAAAUGGUAUUAUGAGACUAUAAAGACUGACCCAGUAUUCAAUUUUAAGACUGAGAUUAUUGAAUACUGCAGAUCAGAUGUCCUCAUACUUCAAACAGCAAUUAUGCGUUUCAUUGACUUGUUUAAAUCGAUCACUGGACUUAACCCAAUAACUAGAAGUUUCACGUUAGCUUCAGUAGCGAUGGAGGUCUUUAGAGCUCGCAUGCUUCCAGCAUUUACCCUUGGAGUCACUCCUCUUUCAGGAUAUGCUGAGAGAAAACAGUCGACUAAAGGCGCUGCGUGGUUAGAUUUAAUGCAAAAAGAUCUUCGAACAAAAAUCAGAAGAGAAUGGAGGCUUGGACCUUUUUACGCAGACGGAUUUAUUCCAAGUAAUAAUACUGUAUUUGAAUUUUGGGGAUGUUAUUACCAUGGAUGUCCUGCAUGCUACCCGGAUAGGUCAACGAUAGUUACAAUGAAUGACGAAGAACUAACGGUUGAAUCAUUAUACCAAAGAGUCUUGCUCAAAAAAGAAUAUUAUCAGCAUAGAGGUUAUCUUCUUCAUGAGAUCUGGGAACACGAGUUUGAUGAGAGAGAAAGAUAUACCAGCUCUCGUAUCUCAUACUACAAUCAGAUAAAACAAGUAGGGUCAAUAAAUAUCCGCGAAAGCUUUUAUGGGGGUAGAACAAAUAACAUCAAGUUCUUUCAUCAAUGCAGUUCAGAUGAAGUAAUCAGAUAUUUAGAUUUCACAUCAUUAUAUCCAUUCGUCUUGCGUGAAUAUGACUAUCCACUCGGACAUCCUUUCCUCAUCCAAGAAGAUUUUCGAGAUAUCGGGAGUUACUUUGGAUUCAUCAAAUGUAAAGUACUUCCACCUACCAAGCUAAACAUUGGGGUCCUGCCGAUGAGAAUAUCCAAGAAGUUAUUAUUUCCCUUGUGUAUGAAGUGUGCAGUCGAAAACAUUCAAACAUCAUGCACACAUUCACCUGAGGAGAGAGUUAUGACAAGCACUUGGACUAGCAUCGAACUCCAAGAAGCUGUUAAAUAUGGCUAUAAAAUCAUGAAGAUCUAUCAAGUUCUCAAUUAUCGGAAGACUCCACAUUCAGGUACACUUUUUUCAGAGUAUGUAAAAAUGUGGCUCAAAAUAAAACAAGAGUCUAGUGAUUGGCCUUCAUGGGUUACCAAUGAAUUCGAUAAACAAAAAUACAUCAAUGACUACAAAGCAGCUGAAGGUGUUGAGUUGGAUCCAAAUUCUAUCGAGAAGAAUCCUGGAAGGCGAAGCAUCGCAAAGCUUAUGUUGAACAGUUUUUGGGGUAAACUAGCGCAAACUGCAAAUUUACCGAAAACAAGCUUUGUAAGAAACUACGCUGAUCUAUGGGGUAUCGUUUCUGAUGAGCAAAAUGAGAUUCUGGGUAUGCAUGAACCUUCUGAAGAAGUUAUUAUGCUGCAACAUCGUUUUAUUGAGUCAGCUAAGGAGAAAAUUUCGCCUGGAAAGACUAAUAUUGCAGUCGCUAGUUUUGUCACAGCAUACGCACGUAGAGAGCUUUUUCGUUUGAUACAACGUAUCGAGUCACAUCGACAAGGUAGAGUUCUCUAUUUUGACACCGAUUCAGUUGUGUUUGUAGAGAAAACUGGUGAUCCGAAAAUUCAAUGCGGAGACUAUCUUGGUCAAUUGACAGAUGAGAUUGAACCUGGCUGGAAAUGUAAUCUUUUUGUUUCAUUAGGCCCAAAAAACUAUGCAUACCAAGUCAUAAACUCUCAAGAAGAUACUAAAAGUAUAAUAAAAGUAAAAGGGAUACGACUCACAUCCAAGGCAUUAGACAUCAUAACUACACAGAAACUUCUUGAAAUGGCGCAUUCUUACAUAGGAGGUGACCAACAAAGAGUUAACAUAACACAAAGUAACAUCGUAUCAGACAAGUUUACACAUACAGUUGAAACACGGAAUUUUGAGAAAAUCUACAGGGCAGUCUCCGAAAAAAGACGAAUAAUUGGUAAUGAUACACGCCCUUUUGGCUAUGUAGAUUGA